CUGAGCCCGUACGUGGUCCAUCAGCUUUUAGGUUAAAUAGAAAAUAGAUAUCUGAACAGUAGCGGACAGAGCUUUCUGCCAUAGCAAAAUAACAUCGAAAGCCAUUUCUUCCCCAUCUAUUUUUCUACUUUAGCACCGUGCUGGACGGAUCUGCCAUAGAGGAUAUAUGUUCGGUAAAGGUGCGAAGCGGAAGCUGGACGAGGAUGAAGAGGGGCUGGAAGGCAAAACGCUGGAGGCAUCGGUGGCGGGAGGAGAACUAGGCCUUGGUCCGGAGGGCUUGUCCAAGGUAUCGUACACCCUGCAGCGGCAGACCAUCUUCAACAUUUCCCUGAUGAAACUGUACAGCCAGCGGCCACUUGGCGAGCCCAGCCUGGAGCGCCGCGUCCUCAUCAACAACAUGCUACGACGCAUCCAGGAUGAGCUCAAGCAGGAAGGCUCGCUGCGGCCGCUGCUCUUCCCGCCCUCUCCGCCACCUGACGACCCCAUGGAUGAGGGCUUCCGUGAGGCGCCACCCUCCUUUGGUGUCUUGUCAGCCGCAGCGACGGCACAAGUAUCCCAGCCUUCUGCGCUAUUGAUGCCGGUGAUCGCUCCACCGCCUUCACCCCACCCGAUGGUGCCUCCCAACUGCCAGACAUCCCAGGCCUGCCUCAACCGUGUGGAGGCCUGCCCCGCCCCUCUAGAAGCCUGCCUCACUCCAGCCUCUUUACUGGAGGAGGAUGGUGGAGACUCAGCCUUUUGUGCUCCAUCCCCACCCACUCCUCCUCUGUCGCCUCCCCCGGCACAGCCUCCCCCGCUACCUUCGGCACUUCUGAGCCAGGCGUCCUCCAGGGUCCCUGUGCCUGCCUCGUCCAAUGACGUAUUACCCUCCACUCUGAGUGACAUGGAGUUGGGUCCUUCCACAGCCAUAACAAGGACAGCAGCAGCUAAUACUAUGACCGUGACUACCUCCCCAGCUCCCACGCCACUCAUCCAGCCCUCACAUUUAGCACCCAUCUCCCCAACAUCCACGGGUCUACCCAGAGACUGCAGGUCCAUGGGUGCUAAACCAGAGGCAGCUAGCAUCGUGCUAGCGGAAGGCCGUUAUGUCGAGGCCCGACCGAUGGACACUCUGCCCACACUGCCCCCUGGUGGCCUAGUAGACAUUUCCUACUCUCCUUCCUCCCCUUGUUCCUCUUCCUCACCCUCGGGGUUUCUCUCAGACUUGGCACUGGACGAUGUCCUGUUCGCCGACAUCGACACGUCCAUGUAUGACUUUGACCCCUGUACAACAACAGGGUCUGUGGGCGUGAUGGCAAGUAGUGGCCUCGCCAAACUGUCACCAGUAGUGACGGCGGACGACCUCCUCAAAUCGCUGGCGUCGCCUUACAACGGUCCCGCCCCACAAGUUUCAGCCAAUCAGCCUUUCAAAAUUGAUCUGACAGAACUGGACCACAUCAUGGAGGUGUUGGUGGGUUCGUGACUCAUGAACCCCACCACCUCAGAAACACACAGACAGUUUAAUCCGGAGAACAGACUGGAAUGAAAAUUUGGGAUCGAUUUGGGUUUUCCUGGUUGUUGUUUUUAUGUUUUUUUACUCUUUUCAAAGGUCGGUAAUUGUAAACAUCGAUGGUGAUGUCAGUUAGUACUACUAUGACAACUACUACUACACAACACUGUGCAUGCACUGUGCUCGCCUUUCCAAAUAUGGAAAUGAAGUAACCGGGAAACCAAGAAACACACAUAAAUUUCUAUUUCUAUACUUGUGAGGACCUUAAUUGAUGCCAUUUAUUCCCUAAUCCUAAUUUGAACCUAAUCCUAGUUUUACUCUUUAACUUAAAGAUAAGCCUUAACCCUAAAAGUAACUCUAAAUAGAAAAAAUUAGGACCUGCAAAUUGUCCUCAUUCUGGAGGAUUUUGCAAUCAUUCUAUCCUUGUGAGGACAAUUGCUCCUCACAGGUGUAGAAAUACAGGUGAACACACAGACAUGACACACACAUGCACACACAAACACACUGAAGUCAUGGCUUUUAGCAGAUGAGUGCCUUCAAAAUGACCACUUAUUCAAUUCCUGUUUUUACAGUAUUUGUUUUUUUUUCUAGUUCUUUUCACUUUAACAGCCCAGAGAGCUCACUCCUCAAUGUUUUUUUAACUUAUUGUAUUGUAUUAAAACUAUUAUUGAGGUAAUUUCUCAUGAUCAAAUAAUAAUUAUUUAAUCUUUAUCUUAUUACAGAUGCUAUGUUUUAUUUGUAAAGCAAGCAUAAAAAGAUUUUACAAGGAAUACAUUGUUUUACCAGUGUGCUACCUUACAUAUUAGCUUGGCUAUAUAAUUACCCUUUGGGAAUAGCUCUAAAACACAUUGCCUGGUUGUUUGUUAAACUUUUUUGGUAGAAGGAGAUGUCUGUUCUUGUACAUAUCAUGUCUAUGAAUUCAGUUCAGGACUUAUUUUUGUCUUUCCCUUCCUUAUUGGCAGGCACAUACUAUAACUGUGCUGGAUGCUAUUUUACAUGAGCUCAGUCAUUUGGGCUAGUUAUCAUGCUUCGGUUACAGCAGAAUUCAAAUGAGCUACACCCACAGGAAAACUUGACGUGUUUACAUUGGAAGCGACAGCAGCGCCACCACCAAGUCUUGCGUCCCAGUUGGAUGUUGAUGAUCUGAAAUAUCCAACCAAAGCAAAGAGUUCUUGCUCCAAACACAUAUUAAAUUCGGCUGUACAGGACUCGAGACAAAACAGCUAUCAAAGAUUGCAGGCAAAGUCCUUGUGGUUCCAAUAUGACUCCAUAGAAUUUCUCAGAGUCACACAAAGAAAUUGAAUAUUUUAGUAGAAAUGCCUUAUUUUUGGUUUGGUUCCUACAGAAUUAGCAACAUGAGUGACAGACUAAUUACAGCACAGCAAACAGUAUUACACACACCCCAUAGUUGAAGAUUAUGUUUACUUGUGUGUAGAAUAGAAGCCCUUUAUGCCAAAUCUCAAGCUUUGGCUCACUUCUGUGCAUUGUGCAGUACAGUUUUGAGGUUGACUCCAAUGCCCUAGGAUGUUUUAAAUUCGUACGAUAGCAGGAGGGCUAAAUCUGCCGUAUAAAUAAUUUGAAUGUGCAUUUUCCCCAUGGUGUUAAUCUGAUACUGCAAUGAUGCAAAAGACUGUGUUGGCCCCUGCACAGGCCCCGCCGUGCAUGAUUUUUGGCACAAAAAGGCAAAAUGUGAUAGCUAAGUACAACAUCUAAGAUGAGGGUCACAUGAGGAUUCCCAAGGUCUACAUGUUUUUUUUCCCAGCAGACCACACACAUACAGUUUUAAAUAGAAUAGGAAUACUCAGUUUAUCAGUCACAUGCUGUGUCCACAGUUUAAACCUUUAAUAUGAAUUCUAUUGAAGUUAAAAACAGUUCUGUUUACACCUAUUUCCCAUUACCCUUUUCAAAUAAUGAAGUUGAUGUUUUGUUUGAUAAUUUGGUUGUUGAAAUCUGUCCUCAGUCCACGGCUUUGGCUGUUAAAUGUAGUGUUGCACAUGAAAGGGAUACAAAUGUGUGUAAGAGCUUUUUGGAGUAGAGGCAAAAGGCUGACAACAGUUGUGUCACAGUCUACCUUAUCAGGCUGCUGACCUUCAUGUCAAAUGAACCAAUCCACAGCCACGCAGAGGCUUUUGCAAAAAAAUUUUGUGCAUUUCAGUGUCACAUUUUAAGACACAAUUUGAACAUAGCCUACUCUGAAUUAGACCAUGUUGGCUCCAGAAUAGUUGUAAUCUGACAUGUAUGAAAGGCCAGCAGGACCUCAUGAUAGUCCAGUUUUAGGAGUCUUCAAGGUGCAGAUACAUGGCUUGUUUUAGCAAGUUGACACAACAAAACAAAAAGUUAUUAUAUGCUAGUUCUUGCUGCAAAUUUCAGAAAUACAACAGCAAUGAGUUGCCUCUUCUAGUCAGACAACAUAAUGAGAUUUUAAGUAGAAGCCUCAAAAAUUAAAGGAAAAAUCCACCCUAGUAUACUUACAGUAUAUAUGCUUAUUUAUCACAGGUCGAUAAUAUUUCAGUUGUAUAUUAGUGCAAAAUGGUGCCUGAGUAGCCCUCAGUUCAGUGUUUAAAGCUGCAUUCAUUUUUUUUUUUUUUUUUUUUUUUUGGCCACUUGGGGGCAACAGAACAUCUCAAAACAGAUCGUAUAUCACCUGAUAAAAGCUAAACACUCUAUAGAGUUAAAGGGAACUGUAAAGUUUGAUGAUGAUUAUCUGAGUUCAUCAGUGCAAACCAGUAAUUGAUUUAGUAAUAAUAUAAAAGAUAUUGAUGAUUAAAUGACCUUUUAGAUCACUAACUGUUUCUGCCACCAAAUGCUGUUUUAACUGCUGUGCACUGCAUCUUAUCUUUAAACAUAUCAUCUACAUUUGUCUAGCUAUUCGCAGCAAUAUAAGAAAAAGACACCACAGACACUGCAGUGGUCCAGAAAUGCAGGGUACUUCACUGAUAGGUGUUGAAAACAAUGCAGGGUGGAUUUUUCCUUCAAAUGUAAAGUAACAAAUAACACAAGAAACAAACAGCACUUCUGUGUCUGCCAACACAGCCUUGCAAUAGGGUGUAAAAUGUUGAUAGUAUUUCUAGCAGGGGUCCCAGCUGGUGGGACUCGGUAGUUGUUAAUGGGACAGAAUGUGUUAUCUGGAAUCCAGUCUGACUCCUCUUACAGCAGCAGUGAGGUCGGGGUGAUGUUAAAACUUGUUCCAAUGGAAGAUGGUUAGUUUCCCAGUGAGCAUUUGACCUCAGUUAGUAUGUAAAUGAACUGCAUUUGAACUGAAUUCAAAGCAGAGUGUGAGCCAAGCAGAUAGCAGUACCAACUAAUACUGUUUGUAGAUGACUGUGUCUUGUUUCUUUCACUAUGUUUGAAUUUUGGAGUGCUUGUUUUAUGGUCAAUGAAGUUAUUUAUUCAUUUUUCAUUUUUUCUUUUCUGUGUAAAUAUAUUUAUUUUUGAUGUGAAGUGAACAUUUGGAUUGUAAAUGUGUGUACAGAAUGUGUGGUAGGAAUGUACUUCAGAUAGGAAUGUAUCUGAGUGAGGAAUUAUGGGUGGAAGCCAUUUUUUUUAUAUACAUAGGUAGUUAUAUUAUCUCGUUUAUCCGUUUGUUUGUUGCUUUGUUAUUGAUUUCUGUGGGGUGGCGGCCACAACCUUUUACAUCUUUUGUACUCUUUUUGUUCAUCAUUUUCCAGUUGAAGGCGAACAGUUCAUGCAGCAAUACUCUAAAACCUGUCUCCAACCUUCAGAUGUCAAGACUCCAAAGCCUGUCAUAGAUGCUUCAAUGCCAAAAGUAAUGUACAUAGUAUGAACAACAUUCAAGCUCCUGAGACUUUUCUCAUUCAGUGUUUGUUACCGAACCUGUUUUAGCGCUGUCUGAGCGUGCGGCGGUUCGAAUCGCCGAGAAAGACUGACUGCAGCUGAUUUCCUCUAAGAAGGCUGUAUUUUACACAGACCUCAGAGCUGUGCCUUUUUCUAUGCAAUAGAACACAAACAUAGAGAGAGAAACUGUCAGCUGAUCACUGUAUUGGGAUCUAAAUGUGGACUGUAGAUAAUAAAUAUAUGUGUGUAUAUAUACACACAUACAAAUAGUAUAUGAGAUAAUGGACAGCUGUCUAUGAAUUUGAAACAGUCUUACUUUUGUAGUUUUAUAUAUAUAUAUAUAAAUGUGUAUAUAUAUAUAUAUAUAUACAAUAAACUGUA